UUCUUGUGCUGUGUGGAACAUGGCCGCCUGUGUGCUCGGUGUAACACCGGUACAUACUCAGCUGACCACGGAGCCCUGCUGCAGGCAGAGCGCGUCCUGCCGCCAUGCUGCUCACCCAGCUCCCGGAGGAUGUGCUCUACCACAUCUUGUCUCAUUUGGAUCACAGAUCUCUCAGUCGACUUUGUCAAGUUUGUAAAAGUAUGCAUGGUUUUGUAAACAGGGACGCUGUCUGGAGGAAGAUUGCACAUGGCUGUUUAAACAGCGGGAUCACCCGGAACGGGACGGACAUAUAUCCUAAUAUCCCGCUGAAGGAGAGAGUGAGGACAGCUCAGAACUGGUACAAGGGAGUUUGCAAAAGGUGGAUUCUUCUCAGAUGGAAAACAAAGCUGUUGCCAUGGUUACAGUUAGAUGAAGAUGUGCUGUACUUGUCUCAGGCUGCUAAAAUUGGAGCAUACCCUCUGCACCAUGACUCCAGGAGACUCCAGCGAAACCCAGUGGAAAUCUUUUCGGGCCACAAGGGCGAUGUCUGUCGCUUUGUCCUCACAGACUCUCACUUGAUCAGUGGCGGAAGUGAUGGAAGGAUUAUGGUCCACAGCAGAAGAAGUCGCAUGUCACUGGGGUUAACGGGUCAUAGUCAGGAGGUGAACUGCCUGGAUUCUAAAAACGGACUCAUCAUCAGUGGAUCAAGAGAUCAAACAGCUCGAAUGUGUACCAUGACCUCCAACUCCCCCUUAGCAACAAUUCCUAUGUUCGACAGAGUUUGGUCUGUUGCUAUAAGUCCCACACAAAGCUCCUUCGUAACAGGCACUGCAUGCUGUGAGAACUUCUCUCCUCUUCGCAUCUGGGAUGUUGAACGAUUAGCAUGUGUAUGCAGUCUGGGCUCAGAGUUUCGUCGUGGUGCGGGGGUGCUGGAUAUAGUGUUUGAGUCUCCAUUCCAGCUCUUCACCUGCGGCUAUGAUACCUUUGUUCGGCAGUGGGACCUUCGGCUCAGCCCUCAGAAGUGUGUGAUGGAGUGGGAGGAGCCACAUGACAGUGCUCUCUACUGCAUCCAGACAGAUGGAAAUCACAUGAUAGCCAGUGGCUCGUCCUAUUAUGGUGUUGUCCGUAUUUGGGACAAACGGCAAACCAAAUGCUUGCAGUUUUUCCAGCUCAGCUCUGACUCUGUAAGCAGCCCAGUGUAUUGUCUCAGGUUCAACAGCUCUCACCUUUAUGCCGCUCUGGCCACUGCCCUGCACUCCUUGGACUUUAGACAGCACCCCUCUAACAACAGAUGACACAAACACAUAAAACACAACUUUCAACACUCAUGAAACAAUAAAGAGAUCUAUUUCCAA